CCUAGGGGCGGGGCGCAUGGGGCGGGCCCAAGGGCCUUCCCCCCAGGGGGCGGAGCCAGGCGCCCAGGUCCCAGAGCCCCGAGCCGCGACUGUGGCAGUGGCUUCGGCAUUGGUGGUGUCGGUGGUGGCAGGGCUGCGGCGGCGGCGGGACCGACACCAGCGGGGAGCGGGCGAUCGGCCCGCGGCGGAGGCUCGGUCCAUCUCCUGUCGGUCUCCAGCCCUGCUUCCAACCUCUCCCGGCUGCCGGCAGGGGCUCACCUGGGCCGGGGUCGCGGGCCGAGGAGGGCGCGACGCACGCACGCUCCGUGGCGCAGGGGCACGCACGCCGGCGGCGGCGGGCAGCCAGCCGGGCAGCUCUGCAGCAGCGGGCAGCCUCGCAGCGGGCAGCCAGACGGGCAGCCGAGCCAGCGCGCGCGCCAUGCUGCGGCCGCUCCGCGCCCGCGCUCGCACCCGCGCCCGGCUCCGGCCCCAGCCCCGCCGCAGUCCCAGCCCCAGCUCCGGCCCGAGCCGCCGCCGCCUCGGCUCCCCGGGGGCCCUGUGGGCGCUGGCCUUCGCCCUGGCACUCGGCCCGCCGCCGCCCGCUUCCCGGGGCGCCGAGGCGGCCGCAGUGUGGACCGCCUACCUGAACGUGUCGUGGCGGGCGCGGGCCCCCGGGCUCAACAGUACCGGCUGGGAGCUGAGUGAGGAGGGCGUGUACGGGCAGGACUCGCCUCUCGAGCCCGCCGCUGGCCUCGUGCUGCCCCCCGACGGGCCUGGGGCGCUCAACGCCUGCAGUCCGCACACCAACUUCACCGUGCCCGCCGCCGGCGUGCCCUGGCUGGCGCUCAUCCAGCGGGGCGGCGGCUGCACAUUCGCUGACAAGAUCAACUUGGCCUUCGACAGGGGGGCAGCCGGGGCCGUCAUCUACAACUUCGCGGGCACUCGCAACGAUGUCUUCCCCAUGUCCCACCCGGGUGCAGGAGACAUUGUCUCAAUCAUGAUCGGCAAUCUGAAAGGCACCAAAAUUCUGCAAUCUAUUCAAAGAGGCAUCCAGGUGACCAUGGUCAUUGAAGUCGGGAAAAAACACGGCCCCUGGAUGAAUCAUUACUCGAUCUUCUUUGUCUCUGUGUCCUUCUUUAUCGUGACGGCUGCGACUGUGGGCUACUUUAUCUUUUAUUCGGCUCGAAGACUGAGGAAUGCGCGAGCUCAAAACCGGAAACAGAGACAACUGAAAGCCGAUGCUAAAAGAGCUAUUGGGAAGCUUCAGCUUCGGGCUCUGAAACAUGGAGACAAGGAAACUGGACCUGAUGGGGACAGCUGUGCUGUGUGCAUUGAAAUAUUUAGGCCAAAUGACAUAGUCCGUAUCUUAACAUGCAACCAUCUUUUCCAUAAGACCUGUAUUGACCCUUGGCUCUUGGAACACCGGACUUGCCCAAUGUGCAAAUGUGAUAUCCUCAAAGCUUUGGGAGUUGAGGCUGAUGUGGAAGCGGGGACUGUGUCCUUCCAAACCGCUGGCUCCAACCCUAACAUCAAUGGAUCGCCAGAAACUUAUUCCCCUCGUGAAGACGAUAGCCACAGUGAGACAGCCUCUUCUGGGUAUGCUUCGGUCCAAGGUGCAGACGAGCCACCCCUGGAGGAGCGUGCUCAGGCCCAGACUGAUCAUCUGCGUCUAGUCAACCACGACGCAAGUUCUGUGGCAGUGGAUGUCCUUCCCCAGCUUGACAACCCCGCAUUUGAAGCAGAUGAACUAAAUGUUCCUGAAGCUCCCAUUCAUCAAAUUAAGUCAUGAAAUGUGUACUGAUGGAAAACUUGAAGCUUUGGUUUAAGAUAGAAUUGCCAACCAGAGUACAUUUUGCUAAUAAUGACCUGGUUUAAAUAGCAGCAGGGAUAUUGGAGAUGUUAAGAUUAUUUAAUAGAUCAUGCUUAAAUGGCUCAUAAUAUUUAACCUAUUAAACUGUCUCAUUUUCCACCAGCUCAUGUUAACACUUCAUAGGGAAGAUUCCUCUCACCAGUUUGUGAUGGAGACUUUCAAUGUUCAGGAGAGCUUUUCAAAGGAUUGUCUUUGCAUUAGCAACAAUUUUCUUAGGGAAAAGUUUGCAUUGAACUAUGGAGCAGCUAAAAUUACCUAUCUUGUGGUAGUCCUUUUCUUUAAUUUUUUAAAAAUCAGUUAGAGACAAGAAAAACGUCCACUUGUCUCCAAAUAGUCCUGUUGAUCUGAUUUCAAAAUCAAUGCAAACAUUAGAUAAAUAUCUAUUUAAUGAAAUGCCUGCUUUAGCCACAUAAAUUAACUUGCAAAUUCAAGUUCAAGCGCCAUUUAGUAAUUUCGGAUUCUCAAAAGCAGGUUUAACAGAAAUCCACAAGUGAAAUGUCUGUUUGCAGACAUAGGUGAACUCCUUAACAGAAUUUAGAAGAAUUUGGCAUAUAUUAUUUACUAGCCAAAAUUUUAUUAGAGGAAAAAGGCCCUUGGAAAAAUUUCAGUCCAUUUCUACAAACAUUUGAGUCACAUGCUAUGGACCCAUUUUUAAAAGCACACUAUAUAAAUUGGCACAUAAUUUUAGAUGUGAGCAUAGGAGAAUAUCACAAUCCAGCUGAUAUAUUCAUUUUUUGUCUGCAAGUAUGAAUCUACAAAGUGACUUGUGAAGAAUGUGGUCCUUGGAAGUGGUGACAUUAAAUUCCACUUAGUUGAAUUGAAAUUGCAGGAGUUGAACCACAAUUCUUUAAUGUAGCUAUAAGCUAGUUAGAUAGAUUUUCUUGAAGUUUGCAGGAGAAGGGAGAGGAUGCCAGGUGCCUUAAAUAUAAAGUUUGCUUCAUCCACCAAAGCUAACUAGUGAUACUUCAAAAUGCACUUUAUUUUUAUUCUCUGUGGCUUAUCUUUUACUUUAAGAUAUUUUGCUUGUUUUUAACUCCCCGCCCCCUCCCAGUACUGACGCUUGCAGAAUUUCACCAACUAAUGUAUUUUGUUUGAUGUAUUUGAAAAGAAUGAAAUCAUCUCAUUCUAACUUGGAUAUUGUGAUUGAAGCACUGUAAAUAUGUUCAUGAUUUGUAUUGACUUUCUUGGAAACUAAUGUAAAUAAGAUAAUAAAAGUCAUGCAUAUUAA